GGGGUGGCUUGAAACUGAGAGAGAAAGAGAGAGAGUGCGCGCACGCCGAAAUAUGCAGCACCAGUGGCAACGAAACACACCCGUCAGCUGCGCGCAGAGGAAAAAAAUGGAUAAGCGCGGACAAAGGAAACAUGGAUGCAUCCGAGAAGUAUCCGUGCGCUUUUAGAAUGGAAUUGACAAUUAGGCCAUUGUUUACAUAAAUGUAAAACCUUUAAUGCUGAAGUGGGAGGCAAGAUAUUGCAAGCUGACAAGGCGGAGUGCUGUUUUUAAUCCGUCUGCGGAUCUUAUGAUCUUGCGAUGGCUGUUGCAGGGAUAUGUGAUUGCCUAGACAAAAAAGUGCCUCUUUCUUUUUUGCUAUUAUUAUUUUGUGGCCUUGCUCUCGGACAAAUACGAUAUUCCGUGCCAGAGGAAUCGGAAAGUGGGACGAUUGUAGGCGAUAUUGCACAGGAUUUGGGUUUGGAUAUUCGAAAGCUCCCCGCCCGAAAGAUUAAGGUAACCUCUGACAGCGGCCAAAGGUACGUGGACCAUAAGAAUGGAAAAUUAUUGGUAAACGAGAGAAUUGACAGAGAGACAUUGUGUGAUACAAGCGCCGCGUGUGUUUUGAAUAUAGAGGUCCUUCUUGAGGACCCAAAUGAAGACCAUAAUGUCGAGGUGGAGAUAACAGACGUGAAUGAUAAUACGCCGCAGUUCCCCAGAGACGAGUAUCAAUUGGAGAUCACGGAGUCGGCUUUGCCGGGCUCUCGUUUUCCUAUCGAACACGCGCAAGAUCCGGACAUCGGUACCAAUUCGGUUCGAUUGUACCGGCUCAGCCCAAACGAGCAUUUCGCUCUCGAUUCCAACAAGCCUUCUUUGAAUACUAAGCACAUCGAGCUCGUUCUCAAAAAGCCCUUGGAUCGCGAGCUCGCCCCUUACCAUCAGUUAAUCCUGACAGCGACAGACGGUGGCACACCAGCACGAACAGGCACCGCAAAAAUUAACGUUCGGGUCUUAGAUUCGAAUGACAACAACCCCGUUUUUGACAGCUCAGUAUAUAAAGUCAAACUGCUUGAAAAUUCGCCCAAAGACACUUUGGUUAUCAAACUGAAUGCCACAGACCAAGAUGAAGGAACAAACGGGGAGGUGCUUUAUUCAUUCAGCAGUUACACACCAGACAGGGUCAGGCAGAUGUUCAGCAUGGACACCAACACUGGAGAAAUCAGAGUCAAGAGCAAUGUGGACUAUGAGGACACUAAUUCAUACGAAAUGUACAUUCAGGCCAUGGACAAAGGCCCAGCUCCAGUAGCAGCCCAUUGCAAAGUGGUGGUGGAGGUCGUGGAUGUCAAUGACAAUGUUCCAGAGAUUGUACUCUCGUCUUUGUCCAGUCCAGUGCGUGAAGAUGCCCGUGCAGAUACCGUGGUGGCCCUGAUCAGUGUGACUGACCGGGACUCUGGCCCUAACAAACAGGUUACCCUUGAAAUUCAACCUGGUCUUCCUUUCAAAAUCAAGUCAUUUAGAAAUUACUAUACCUUGGUAACUUCUGCCUUUCUUGACCGCGAGACCACAGCAGCCUAUAAUGUCACUCUCAGCGCUACCGAUGCAGGAAACCCUCCCCUUUCAUCUCAGAAGACCAUUCAGGUGGAUGUCGCAGAUGUAAACGACAACCCGCCACGCUUUGAGCAGACCUCCUACACUGUGUAUGUCAUGGAGAAUAAUGCACCUGGAGCUUCGCUCUGCACCGUCAAAGCUCAGGAUGCGGAUGUCAAUGAAAACGCUCGCAUCACCUACACGGUCCUAAACGACAACAAUCACGGGAUCCCGGUCACCUCCUAUGUGUCGAUUAAAGCGGACACAGGUGUUGCUUAUGCUCUUCGCUCCUUUGACUACGAGUCAUUACGGGAGUUUCACUUCCAGGUUAAAGCUCAGGAUGGGGGUAUCCCACCACUCAGCCGUGUGGCCACUGUCUACAUCUACAUAAUGGAUCAAAACGACCAUGCACCUGAGAUUGUGAGUCCCCCAGCCAAUGGCACACGCUUAACGGAGACGGUACAGAAAAAUGCAGAGCCAGGGACUUUGAUCACAAAGGUAGUGGCCUAUGAUGCAGAUGCAGGACAGAAUGCGUGGGUCAUCUAUCUGCUGGACCAGGCCAGCGAUCUGGAUCUAUUUAAAGUUCACGAACACACGGGAGAUAUUCGUACAACUCGGCGUGUUCUUGAAGACAACUCCACCUCUUUCAGUCUAACUGUACUUGUAAGGGACCAUGGCGAACCACCUUUGUCAUCCACCGUUACGAUCAACGUCGCUGUCAUGGAGGUGCCACUAAAAGUCACACCUGACCCCAAACGAAUCAUCCGCCCUCACAGCUCUCUCUUGUUUUCCAACGUGACACUGUACCUCAUUGUAGCCUUGAGUGCCACCACCUUUGUGUUCUUGGUUACAGUGGUUGUGCUGGCUAUUGUGCGAUGCCAUGCCUAUUGCACCCAGCCCGGGUCCUGUUCACCCUGCUGCGUGUCCCAGAAGGCCCAAGCAGAAGGUGGCUCAGGAGGGGGCGGUGGAGGUGGUGGUGGUGGCUCUCAACCCAAUAACAAUGUGGUGCUUAGACGAGACCUCAAGGUUGAGCCUCAUUAUAUUGAGGUCCGGGGUAAUGGCUCUCUGACCAAAACCUAUUGCUACAAGACCUGUCUGACUGCUACCUCAGGGAGCGACACCUUCAUGUUCUACAACACGGGCCGACCUAUCAGUGGCACCUGGGGCUCCGAGCGAUUUUUUACAGGAGGGAGCGGAUUUGUUCGCAGACUUAGUAUGCCAGAUGCAGCACUACAGCCCAAAGGACCAAAUGCUGACUGGCGUUACUCAGCGUCAUUGAGGGCAGGAGUCCAAAGUUCUGUGCAUAUGGAGGAGGCAUCAGCUGUGAUGCAGGGAGCACAAGGCAUGCUGGUCCAGAACUGGCCCACAGUCUCCAGUGCAGCAGAUGGGGAGGGAGAGGGACAGCUGUCACCUCCUGUUGGAGCUGGAAUCAACAGUAACAGCUGGAGCUUCCGCUACGGUGCAGGCCCUGGCUAUGGUCCUCCACAAGUCCUGAAGCCAGGAGAGAUCCCCCCUGAAGCCUUCAUCAUUCCAGGCUCCCCUGCCAUCAUCUCCAUCCGGCAGGACCCAGGUGCCGUUGAUGAUAAGGGCGAGUUCAUCACCUUUGGAAAGAAAGAGGAGUCUAAGAAGAAGAAAAAGAAGAAGAAGGAAAAGAAGGACAAGAAGGAUAAAGGAAAAGAUGAUGGCGAGGAGUAACAAAGAAGAUCCCACUACAGUAUUAUAGCUAUCAACUUAUGUUUGUAGCAAACGCUAACAGAAAGACAAAACCAAAAAUACUGAAAAUGUAAAGAGAGGAGAAAUUCCUUCUAUAUACCUUAUUUACCAAUUCCAUUUUAAGAAAGAAUAGAGUUUGUGCUGUAUGCACAAACAUAAAAAUUGAAAAUUAGCCCGUGAACCUGUGACUCUGAUUGGCUAUUUUCCUAGUUCUGGUGCAGAAAUGAAUCAGUGAUGUCCAAGAAAGAACUUCAGUCUGCAAAAUGCAAACCAAGCCUUGCACCUUGUAAAUGACAUUUUCAACCAUGAUGUGGGAAGUCCCUCUCCUCUUUUAAGAGGUUCAAAUGAAUCCAGUUAAACUGAAUAUGAACUCAUGCCACACUAAGAGCUUUUUCUAACUUCAUCCCUGCCUUCCGCCUCAACGUCAGAUGGGGAAGAAACAACCACCCCUGGCCCCAUCUCACUCGAUCUGCUGGAAUCAAAACUUUGUAAAAGAAAAAAAAGGACUACAACUUUAUCAGAAAGAUCAGUGUCUGAUUUUUAUAGCAGAUCAAAAAUAAAUGCCUACAGAGAUGGGAAUGUAGCAGCGAAAUCACUUGCUUUACACUCAUAAAAACGUCCUAGAACAGGGCACAGAGUUCGCUAACGCUUCUGUCCUGCUCCCAAAGUAAUGCUGAAAUCUCCGAAUGAUGCUUUACUCAGUGUAUUUUCUAAGAGCAAGUAAAUCUCAUCUUAUACAGUCCAAAAUUAUGAACUCCCAUGAUUUGUAUGAAUGCAAAUCACAAAUUGAUGUGCGUUCUUGCUCCCUAUUGCAUAAUACACUAUGUACAGGCUGUCAUCAUGCUGUACACUUAAAAUCACCACAGGACUGAAGCACAACAGCCUCUCAAAAGUCUGUAAAAUAGUAGAAUGGAUGCUUGUGGCUUCAUUUCACAAAACACCCACUUCCUUUGCUGCUGUUUUGAAUGUUUGAUAGAUGUCAUCCCACUUCCUGCCAGCUUUAUGUCUUGGUCCAGCUACUUGCCCUUAGCAACUGCUUGUAACUUUCGUAUAUCUGAAGUUGCCAACCUCCCUUUAUCUGGUGUGCAUUGCUGGCCCCAUGUCAGUACUGCCCCCUGGUGGCUCAUAUUGUACAAUGUGACAAGAAAGAGCAGAAAAUUCAAGCCAGUAUUAUUGUCACAUCUUCUGCUGGAAACAUAAGCACAGGUACUGGCCCCUACAUGCACACACAGUGUUUAUGCUACACACAUACACACACACACACCAGUGUAUAUGCUCUCACAUCAGUUGAACCACCAUGGACUAUGCAGCCAUGCUUUUGGACAUGUUUAACUACAGCAUAUGGUGCUUUCUAGGGUAAAAAUAGAGGUUGAGUGGAGAUUAGUGUGAGGAGACCACAAUGGUGGGCAGUACAGAGUUUUUCUAAUGUAUAUAAUCAAUGAUGAGAUAUAGCUUCAUGACAGUUCCACAGUUGUUGAUUCAAAUUUUGUAAAUAAUGGGAAUGUUUACUUAACAUUCAGACACCAUGCUUAAAUUUUCUGUUUUUAAGAGGGAGCACAUCCCUCCUUUCUUUCCCUUCUAAGUCUGUAGAGAUACUGUUCAGUAAAGGAGAGAUGUUUGUGCUGCUAUGAGAUCGUAUCAUCACAAAACACACACACACACACACACACACACACACACACACACACACACACACACACUCACACUCUCUCUCUCUCUCUCUCUCUCUCUCUCUCUCACUUGAGUCUCUUUCAGGUGUGGUUCAGUGCUGUCAGAUCACCAAGUGACUGUUUUGCAUGUUAAGCGCAAAUAAAACAGAAAUUAUAUAUAGAUAUAAAUGAACAGAUAUGUUUUUCAUAAAUAUUUUUUUCUCAUUUCUGAUGGAACUGGAGAUGUGUAUUGUCUCUGCUGAAGUAUGUAGACAUUAAUCAAAUUAUUCAUACACAAACAUACACUGAUUACAUACACACAUCGUGCAUAAAAAGAAGACACCGAAACCAUGUCGGCUCUGUAUUGAUCGACGUUAACAUUAACAUUCUAGGUAUAUGUAAUGCUGUAGUGUUAUGGUCUAACUUGCUUUUCUUUACAACCUUAUGAUUUUUGCAACUUGAAAGAAUCAAUCCUUUGUUUUACGCUAGGCUUUGAAAUCAAUAACACUUUAAUGUGAGCCAGUUCAUACUUCCCUAUAAUAUAAACCUCUCCCUUCAAAAAAAAAUAAAUAAAAAAAAAUAAAAAAAAAAAUAAAAAAAAAAUAAAUAAAAAAAAAAAAUGAUAAAACAGGAAAUAAAAAGGUCUAUGUAUUCUGCUUGUGUGUAGUAAUUAUAUAUCAAUUCAUCCAGUGCCUAAGUGGCACUAUGCUUUUGACUUUGACAGUGCAAAUAUGUUGGACAAUUUUUUUUUUUUUUACCCCUGCUCAUCAGUGUAAUGGUGUUUAUUAUUUUAUAUUACUUUAUGAAAUCUGGUAAUGUGUUUUGUUUAUAAAUCACAAAUAAAGUUUUCUUUCAUAAGUA